AUGACCCAAUACGCCCCCCAACAGCUCUACUACAACGGCCAAGCCCAGAAAGCCACAUCCGGGAAGACCUUUUCUAGUAUCGACCCCUCCACCGCAAAACCACUAGCAGAAAUCCAGACCGCUUCGGAAGCCGAUAUCGAUUCUGCGAUAGCUUCAGCAAAAGCUGCUUUCCCCUCGUGGUCACAAACUCCUCCUCUUGUACGAUCGCGAAUCCUUCUCAAGGCUGUGUCCAUUCUGCGCGAACGAAAUGAUGAGAUAUCAAAAGUAGAGACGCACGACACUGGCAAACCAUUUUCAGAGACUAGCACUGUAGAUGUUGUCACUGGCGCAGAUGUUCUCGAAUAUUUUGCCAACUUGGUGGCCAGUGGAGGUCUGAAUGGAGAGACAACUCAAUUGCGCCCAGAUGCGUGGUUAUACACAAAGAAAGAAGCUUUAGGAGUUUGCGUGGGAAUUGGAGCUUGGAAUUACCCAAUUCAAAUUGCCUUGUGGAAAUCUGCGCCAUGUUUGGCUGCUGGCAACUGCAUGAUCUACAAACCAUCUGAAGUAACUCCUCUACAUGGGCAAAUUCUGGCGCAGUUGUAUUCCGAAGCUGGUGUCCCACCAGGAGUUUUCAAUGUUGUUCAUGGAGAUGGAGCAGUUGGAGGAUAUCUUACCAAGCACCCAGAAAUUGCCAAAGUAAGCUUCACAGGCCAAGUGUCUACGGGGCAAAAGGUGGCAGCAUCCGCAGCUGGAGGGAUGAAAUAUGUGACCAUGGAAUUAGGAGGCAAGAGUCCUCUCAUCAUCCUUCCCGAUACCGAGCUGGAAAAUGCCGUAGGCGGAGCGAUGAUGGCGAAUUUCUUCUCCACUGGACAGGUCUGCACAAAUGGAACUCGAGUCUUUGUUCCUACGUCGAUGAAAGCUGCAUUUGAGAAGAGAUUGGUAGAGAAGAUGGACUGCAUUCGGUCCUUGGAACCAAUGGACCCAAACAGCAAUUUUGGGCCUUUGGUCUCGGAAAUACAUUAUAAGAAAGUCCUUAACUACAUGCGACAUGGCGUGGAGACAGACAAGGCAAAGUUAUUGUAUGGUGGUCCCACGAAACCUUCUCGUAUACCGAAAGGCUAUAAAAAUGGAUUCUGGGUGCAACCAACAGUCUUUACAGACUGUACGGAUUCGAUGAAAAUCACCACCGAAGAGAUCUUCGGUCCGGUCCUUUGCAUCCUGCCCUAUAACACCAUUCCUGAGGCCAUCUCUCGAGCGAAUAACACCAAGAUGGGACUCGCAGCUGGUGUGUUCGGAAAGGAUAUCAAUCAAUGCCAUGAAGUUAUUGGCAAGUUGGAGGCUGGUAUUACUUGGAUCAACACGUGGGGUGAGUCCCCGGCAGAAAUGAGCGUGGGUGGGUGGAAGAUGAGUGGCGUGGGGGUGGAGAAUGGAAGAAGGGGGUUGGGGGCUUGGGUCAGGGAAAAGAGUACGUUGGUUGAGGGUGGUGGGGUUGUGGGGACUGUGUUUUCGAAGUUGUAAGGUACUCGUAGGUAGGAUGUGUAUAUGUAGGUAACGAAAUUUGAAUGAAGUUUUCUGUUACGUUCCUUCGUUUGUAUCUUUUCCCUUGUUGAGAUUACAACCCUUCUUUCCAUCAAUUCACGAGGAUCUCUCUCCUGACUUUUCCCGUUGCAACACUCAAUUGGAACUGGAGUGGUUGAGCAAAAAGUUGAUCACGUACCAAUAGACGAGAGAAACUUCGAGCGUUGAAAAGUGGCAUUGUAGAUUGUACCUACGUAGUCACGAUGUAUUCUUUUUCUUUCUUCCAAUAGGUCCGCAUGACUACAAGCACAAGGUUACGACGGGACACAUAGGGAGACAGACCAUCCUCGAGAAGAUUCUUUACCCCAAUACCCGCGAGGAAAAAGAAGGAAAGAUUGAUGCCUCAACCUUUAAAAGAAUGACAGGCCCGAGGAGAAGUCAGCAAGACAAAGUUAAGGAGUUCAAGGACAAAUGA